AUGAAGCUCUCCAUUCUCUCCCUCGCAGCCCUCACGCCCCUUGUGGCCGCUCACUUCAAGCUGGACUACCCAACUGCCCGCGGUGAAAAUGAAGACACAAUGACCACCUUCCCCUGCGGUGGUCUGGCUCGGUCGUCUGAGCGCACCAAGGUCUCUAUUUCUGAUGGUUCCUUCCCUGUGGCCGUGACAAUGGGUCACACGCAGACUGCUUUCGAAGUACUGUUGUCUCUGGGCAAUGACCCCAGUACCAACUUCAAUGUUUCGCUGGUGCCGACUUUUGGAGCACGGGGAUUGGGAUCGCUUUGUAUUCCGCACGUUGCCUUUGACGAGGACAUAUUGGGGGUCAAUAUCACAGACGGCAUGAAUGCCACUGUGCAGGUUCAGAGUAAUGGCGAUCCUACUGGAGGUCUUUACGCGUGCGCGGAUAUUCAAUUCUCCUCUAGCACCGAAUAUUCAAACCCCUCGUCCUGCAAGAACAACACCAACGUCGCUGCCGCGCCAUUCACCGGCGAAGCUGCGCAGCGCAAUGCCAACGAGUCUACUGCCAAUGGCGGCGCACAGAGCGGUGGAUCUUCGACCUCGGACUCGGAUUCGGCUUCCACAUCGACUGGCGGUGCUGUCGCUUUGCAAACCGCUGCUUGGCGUAUGCUUGGUGCGGCGGUUGUUGGUGGUAUGGCGGUGCUGUGA